CAAACAUUGAUUUUGGUUAUUUAUUUCUGAGAUUGGUGCAAGGGUGUCGUGUCGAAGGUGCUGCUGCUGCGGUUUGGAAACGAAACUGACACCGACAGCCGACCCGCCAACCCCAUUGUUAUUGUUUACUGACUGCAUUGCAGACAGACAGACGACGAAGAAGUGUCACAUCAUUGUCUUCUCUUUCGUCUCUCUUUCCGCUGAUGAUUGUUGUGUGUUCACUUUUAGUAACAACAAAGUAACCUUGAGGUAUACCUCAUACUAUGUUAAACAUCGCUGAAUCAGAUGUGUUUAAAUGGUAUGAGAGUAUGAAGUCUUCCAACAAUUUCGAACGAUGGAUGGGUGAUCUUCCAGACUCUCUGAAAUGCAUCCCAAUCAAUCACCUGGCGAUUCCAGGGACUCACGAUUCAAUGAGUUGUGGUAUAUCAAGAUCAUCUGGGAUCUCACCAGAUUCUACAGCAGUGGUUAAGGCUUUAGGAAAACUCUUUGGACCUGUUGUGAGACCUUUUGUUUUCAAGUGGUGUGUUACACAGCAUAGAACAGCAGAAGAACAACUUCUAUCAGGAAUCAGGUACUUUGAUCUGAGAAUUGCGGUCCACAAGCCGAGUGGCACCUUACAGUUUGUUCAUGGGAUGUAUGCAGAAGAGAUAAUUCACCCAUUCAGUGUUAUAAAGAAUUUCUUAAGUAGCCAUGAGCAGGAGAUAGUGGUUCUUGACAUUCAACAUUUUUAUGAUUUUACUUCCAUUUAUCACAAACAGCUUCAGAACUUCCUGCUUGAUCACUUUGGAAACAUGUUGUGUCCUUUACCAAAAUGUGGGGAUGUUUCUAAUAUUUCUCUCAGAUGGAUGACGGAUAAUGGAUAUCAAGUAAUUCUCAUUUACCGUAGUCCAACAGAUAAUGAAGAUUUGCGACUGUGGCCAAGUAAAUUUUGGCCCACACCCUGGCCACAGACUACGUCUGUUCAAAACAUGAUUUCAUUCUUAAAACGAGGUCUUGCUCACCGCUCUUCUUUUACUGGGUAUGUCACUCAGUGUGUACUGACACCUACUCCCUGGUUUGUUGUGCAGCAUCCCCUUUCAAAUCUUCUCAAUAGAUGUGCUGCUCCUUGCAAUUAUGCCAUUAUUUCUUGGCUGGAACAGCAGCACCCUGGGGGAAAAGGUGUUAAUGUUGUAAUUACAGACUACUUUGACUUUGAUCCGUCCAAAUUUCCAUUUGUCAAAACAGUUGUAUUGUUGAACCGCAAGCUUGUUCACAACAAAACUAUCCAGGGGGGUAACGACAUAGAUUUCAUGUUUGUUGAUGCAUAUUCUCAACCUUAAGGUUGUAAAUUAAAUUUUAUUUUUUUAUUUUCCUCUAUUACUAGAUGUUUUUGAUGGAGGGCAAGGCUAGUCUCUUAAGGGGGCAAACUCUCGUCGGGGGUUCCUGGCACCCCUUCAGUCUCUUACAAAGAAUGCCUGUUUGGGAGUUUUUUUUAAAUUUUACUGUUUGACUAAUUUCCUUUAUAUUCAUUCAAAAUUACCUGUGAAAAGAAGAUACUCUCUUUUGCAUUCCUAGUAAUGAUCAUAAACAGUGUGAAUCUUUCACAAAUUUGAAGUUGUUUUAAAAAUAAAUUGUGGCAGAUAAAAAUUAUAAUUUUAAGCAGCUUUAUUUUAGACUUUUAUGAAAGAACUGAGUUUUUUGUUUUGCUUCUGUGUAACUUGUGUAUCUUACUGUUACUGUGUAACUUACAUUGUAUGUAGUUAUGCAGAACAUAUGUGAAGCAUAAAGGAAACUGUGAAUAUCAGUUUUACGUAAUCAUGUGUUUUGAUUACAUUUGAGUUCCUUUGCAUUCCUUAGUGAGUAGAGCUAGUCUCGCCAUUUAAUUUUGGCAAAGCUUUUUAUUUUUGGAACUGUUAUGGGUAAUGUUGACAUUACUCCUUAUAUAUUUACAUAUAUAUUUAUUUUAUGAUCUAGCCUUUGUUUAUCUUUGUUGUCUACUCAAGACAGGGGCUUUUAGGUAGUAGCCCACUCUCACCAAGCACCUUCAUUGUUGCACUAAAGUUAGCCCCUCCACAUGUGUUUUGUUGGGUCUUGGCGCCAUGGCUGUGAUUUAUCAUCAUAAAACUUAGGUUUUGAAAUAGUGCUCUCUAGCUCAUUUUUUUAAAAAUGUCUUCUGGUGAUGUAUACAUUUAUUUUCUUUCAUGAUCUCAGUGCAGUAUCAUAAAUAUUAUGGAUGAAGUGCCUUCACAUUUUGCCGUUGUAAUCAAUAUAAAUCUAUUUGUCAAUAGGA